UGUGUUUCUUUUAGUCUGGAUUAAGUGUUUAACUUCUUCAUAUUUGUCUCAUAUAGUUUACUCUUCCUUUGUAAAACGUGCCGCUCUGCCCGUCUGUGGUCUUGUCCAUGUCUGUGAUUGGUCAGAUGCUGCAAACACCUCCCCGUUCAUGUGAAUCACAGCCAGACUGAGAAACCCUGGGUUGCUUUACUGAGUUGAUGACCAGCUUCGUAGGACCGCUUAGCGUGAUCUCGUUUGUUCGGGUUAGUUAAGCCAGAUAACAAGAAGAGACCCCGGGUAUGUUGAACUCACUACGUAGUACAGACCUCAGAAGUCUUUGGAUCUGUUUUGAAAUACCUGGGUCCCUGGGUGAUCUACCUCGGUUAGAAGUAGAGGCCAGCUUCAUGAUACCAGAAAAAAACCCUGAUCGACGUCAUCUGGCUGCUGCUGCUGCAGGAUGAGAGAGAACCACAACACACAGAACACUGCAAACUGAAGACCACAACGACAUCUGAGUUUAAAGAUCGCCAGGAGACGCUCGGCUGCAGACAAACAUGUCUCUGUUCUUCUCCGGAGCUGUUACAAGUUCUCCAAUAAAACGAAGGUUGCGGGCCAAUCACUCCUGUCACAGCCUCGACCUGUCUCUCCUCUCUCCCGACUCCUCGUACGUCUGUUACUCGUCUGUGGACGGCAGCGAUCCGUGCUCCUGCCGCCGCUCGCCGCGCCUCCUCACCAACGGAUACUACAGCGUCACCGAGGACAGCUUCUCCUGGGACGAUGACGGCAACGUGUCGCUGACUCCCUGCAAAACCAGCGUGUCCUACAAGGAGAACCUCGUCAGGGUUUUCCGGCGCAGGCGGCGGCCUCGCAGCUCUCUGGCUCGCCUGCUGAGCGACGUGACGGAGAGCUGCCAGUCCUGGCUGGACGAGAAAGUCUUCAGAGGCGUGUUCAGGACAGGACAGAACCAAAACCAAGACCAGGACCAGGACUGGGCCAGGACCACCCAAGAAGGCCCGGCCUCGUUGGACGAGUCGACCUGGUCUGGAAUUAACGGCACCGAGCUGGACGACAGCCGCAACUUCACAUACGACCACACUGAGAUCCCGCCCCCUCCGGACAAAGUGGCCCCGCCCCCAAAGCUGCUCUUCCAGGAGGAGAUUUGUUCUGAGAUCUGUCAAUCAAAGGAGCGGUUCACCCAGUCGCUGGGCGGCCUCUCUGAAGUCCCGCCUCCUUCACCUUUCUACACCAACAGCUGCUGUCAGGCCUCACCUGAGCACGCAGGGUUAACGCUGAAGGCCCUUCUCCUUUUCAUCUUCACCAUCUUCAUCUUCACUGCUCUAUACUCUGGGUGUCUUUUGUGGAGCGCGACCGUCGCAUCGACCGCGUUCAUGAUGAUCACGACAUUCAUGCUCCUGACGAAGUCGGGGCCGAUGGGCGAGUGGAGGAGGGCGAAGACGGAGGAUAUCACAUCAAGAAACGAGUAGGAGAAGCUUCAGUUUCCAAAGACUGCGACGUGGAGCUGGAAGGUCUGAUGGGACUCAGUAGAAAUAUUUUACAUUUCACUACAGUCUGCAUGUAAGUUACUGAGCUCCGGAAAACAUUUUACGGCAACACCUGUUUGAUGCUUUGACCGCAGACUUUUUGAAUGCAAAUGUUUAAACUAAAUAUGUUUUCUGCGCUGAGAUGCGUCAACCAGAAGGGCUGAAGUUUUUAAACUGGAAAAAUUCAAUUGAAGCCGGCACAUUUUUCGCUGGGAAAAUGAACACAUGAUGCAUUCAAGUAGUCCUCAAACUAACUUUUGUACUUUAUUCAAACGCAGUCAGCUCUUGGGUGAUGUUCGGAAACUUUUUAGGUUUUCCUGCAAAAAGAAAACAUGAAACUGAGACUUUGUGUCUCUGGAUGUUGACUCACGUUUCCUCUGUGAACCAUGAAACGUUUCACCAACGUCAUGUUUGGAUUUUUCCCCGGAGUAGAAAAGCUGAAUCAGACGUUGUGUUUGUUGUUAAAAAGCUGAAGGAGCUCAUUAACAUGGUGACACAAGUUACUGUAGUUUAGCUAUAAAACAUAAAAAAGUAUAUCAAAUAUAAAACAUCUAAAUGUACCUGAUGUAUUUUUUACUGAAAGUGUGUCUUCUAUUGUUAACAGUCAAACUUGGCUUUUUUUUUUGGGGCUGUCCAAAGUGACCAAACGUCAGACUGAACUCGUUCUGGAGAACAAAAAUCCGGUCCAACGGCAGCGAGCGUCGCUGUGAAGCCUCACUUCUUUUCAAAAUAAGAGCUGUGACUAAAACAAAUAAAAAGGACCUGGAGUUCUAGAAGUUGUGACCGCAGGAAGAUAAGUGCCAUACUGAAUGAAGAGUUUUAUUACAAAAUGAAAUUAAGAAAAGGCACAAAAUAAUGAUAAUAAUAACAAUAAUAAUAAAACACAUUAAAGCUGCACCAGCUCAGAUUUUAUUGUGAAAAUCUGUAGUUUCCUGGAUAGAGUUCAGACAAGAAAGAGUUUUGCUGGCACAAAACGAUAAUUUCGGACUUUCUGACGUCUGUAAAAUGGAUCGUAAGACGGAGACGUUUAGUCUGUUUGACGUCACUUGAUUGACAGGUCGAUGGGCGGGGCCAAGGACUCCAAUUACAUCCGUGUUGCGGUCCGCAGAUGCUUCGAUGGCUUUACAUAAUCUCACCUCAUUUGGAUUAAUUCAUACUGAUGGUUAAAACUAUAAUCAGAUAUCGUUAAUGUAAAUAAACCUGAUGAUAUGAAUCCAGUUAUCAUGACGGUCCCUUGUGCAGCUUUAAGAGUAGCAGGUAAAUAAUAAACCUCAUGAAUCAUCAUCACAUUCAGGUAGAUCUCUGCAGCAUUUUGGAGUAAAACUCUUCAGCUGUUGAAGUGCCUUUUAUAUCAGCCAGCAGUGUUGAAACACAGAAUAAUACAGGGAAGUGUUGAAUUUCAACCUGAAACAAUUAAUUCUCAGCUGCAGGGUGAAGCAGACGGGUGGAGUUUACCGCGUUA